AUGUCGCCGCCACCCUUACUUCCGGGCUAUGUCUCGAUUCGUAAUAUCCUUGACGGCCAGAUUCGCCAAAAUUCCAUGGUCAAUGUCAUUGGUGUUAUCGUCGAUUGUCGUGCUCCUGUUCCGACCAGAGGCACUGACUGGAAAUGCCAACUUCGCCUCUAUGACUCUUCAGUUGAACAAGACACUGAAUCUUCAAUCUGUCUCAACAUUUUCCGUCCUAGCAAUGAGAUGCCAAAAGCUGGCUGUGGCGAUGUCGUACUCAUUCGCUCAGCCAAAGUUCAAAAGUAUCAGAUGGACAUGCCUUCGCUCAUAACCAACUGGAAAACGGCUAUCUCAUUAUACCAAGCCUCUAAGAUUCCCAAGCCCCCAGCCGAUGCCUCCGUCGCACUUCAUCAUCCUAUCAAAUCCAAGGACCGCCUUCCUGAUAACAAGGAGAAUGCCUUCGUCUCUCAAAUGUACCACAGCAUCGACAAAGACCGCCUCCCUACACAAGUCGAAUUUGAGAGCAUGGUACUCACGUCGACAAAUGUCAAAGACAAGUUCAACCUCCUCGAAAAUGUCAAGGAUGGCAUGUUCUGCGACAUGGUGGUCCAAGUUGUCAAGCCGCCCUACGACAUGGGCGAUAAGGUGACACUUUGGGUUGCCGACUAUACUCAGAAUGAAUCAUUUUAUAAGUUCAGCUACACUCCCGGGGAUCUCCCUGAGGGACGAGAUGGCGAUCCGUAUGGAUACACCGACAAGUUCAUAGACACCUCUUCCACUCCCAGUUCCAACUGGACAGGGCCUUUCGGUAAACGAUGCGUCCAAGUCACAUGCUGGGAGCCUCACGCCACUGUAAUCCGUGAGACCAACAUCAAAGUUGGCCAGUGGGUGUCUCUCCGGAACGUGCAGAUCAAAUGGGGGCACAACAACGCCAAUUUGGAGGGGUUUUUGAGAGAAGACCGUGGUGCCAACGGACCAAAGCUCAACAUCUGCCCACUGACACUAGAUGACCCCGAGAACAUCAAUCCUCAUAUGAAGGACGCCCUCCGAAGGAAGCGAGACUAUGAACGCCUCAAGAAAACCCAGAUCAAGGAUAUGGCCGAGGCAGGCAAGGCAGGCCAAAAACGCAAGUCAGAGUUAUCCACCGAGUCGGAACCAAAAAAGAAGAAUUCCAGGUCGAAACGGAAAGCAAAACGCGCACAAGCUCAGCUGAGCCAGAAGAAGGAUGAGCAACCCGUUGAGAUAUCAGACCUGAACUCCCGAGUCAAAUGCGAAAACAUGGACAAACCCACCAGCUUUGUGGCUGAAAUGACUGAGCCUGUGUAUCACCAAACCAACAUUGACGGGCAGGAUGUGAAGCUCCAACUGCCCUUUGUUAACACCAACUACCGCUCCAAUGUCAGAGUCGUCAACUUUUUCCCUUCGAACCUCGUGGAUUUCGCUCGCCCCAAGAAAGAGACAGAGUUUGACAUCCUCUCGGACGAUGGAGAGGAAUCCCUCUCUGGCAGCGGCUCAGAAGAAGAAGAGGAUGCGGAUCAGAGCACAUUGGACGACUUUGCAGUCAAGCGCAACUGGGAAUGGCGCUUUUAUCUAGAACUUGAAGAUGCGGCUGUCCCUGAGAAGAAAAGCAAGCAGAGGAUGUGGGUUGCGGUCGACAACCACGCUGCUCAGUGUCUUCUUAGCCUGGAUGCGUCCAACUUGAGGCACGAGACCAAGGAUCUGCAGCUACUUCGCGACCGACUCUUCACCCUCUGGGGAGAACUGGAAGAGCGCAAGAGUCUGGCCCAGACUAAGAAGAGGGAAGCGCAAGAAGCUGCUCGAAAGGGGAAGCCCCCUAGUGACAGUGACGAUGAGGACGACCAGCCUCGCAAGGCCAAGAACUCGGAUAAGGCGCCGGUAUCUAGUCGGCCGUUUUCAUGCUGUAUUCGACAAUACGGUGUCAAAGUUUUGGAGUCUGACCCAGGCAAGGCCGACGCGGGAGAAGGUAAGCGUUGGCAGAGAAUGUACAAUCUCUUUGGAACACGGAUAGCAGGCUAG